AUGGCAACCGCGCCUGCGACCGACGAUGAGCGCACCGUGUCGACCUGGCAGGCGAUUAGUGCCCGGCUGCCGUUCCCGUUUGGCGAACAUCCGUGGUGGAUUGAUGGAACUACUCGCACGGCCGAUGAGAAGGAUGAGAAUCCGCGGGCUUGGCGAAACCAGGUCAUCGACAUUUUCGAUCAAAAUGACUUCGAUUUUCAGGUCUUCAUCGUCGCCGCGUCGGGUUUCUUGACGGACUCAUACGCUCUCUUCGCGACAAACGUGAUUCUGCCCCUGCUGGCCUUCCUAUACUGGCCGGAUCGAGCGGACCGGCUGCCUGAGCUCUACAUCAAUGUGGCCACACUGGCUGGGUCGGUGGUGGGCCAGCUCCUCUUUGGCUGGCUCACCGACCGACUGGGGCGACGCAAGCUGUAUGGUCUUGAGCUGGUCCUGGUCAUCUUCGCGACACUGGGGAUGUCGCAGGCAUCCAAUGGCAUGUAUAACAACAUGAACAUCCUGAGUUGGAUCAUCUUCUAUCGCUUCUUCCUUGGAAUGGGGAUUGGAGCCGAAUACCCUCUCAGCGCAGUCAUCACCGCCGAGUUUGCCAGCACCAAGUGCCGGGCGAAGAUGAUGGCCGCUGUCUUUCUCAUGCAGCCCUUGGGGCAGGUGCUGGCAGCUGCGAUCGGAUGGGGCGUCUUGACCGGGCUGAUGAAGUCGCAGGGUCUCCAGAGGCUACCAGACCACGGACCGGAGUUCGACGGUCUCGCAGUGGAGCAACAACACCAGAUCCUGGCCACGCUGGAUAGUGUGUGGCGGUGGGUCGUUGGCGUUGGCUGUAUUCCCGCCCUGCUGGCCAUCCUCUGGCGGUUUUCUAUUCCAGAGUCGCCUCGAUAUACAAUGGAUGUCGCGCACGACCCCAAACAAGCACUGGCGGCGACGAAGCGGCAGUUUCGGCGGACUGCGCGUCUGUUGGAAUCAAUUCCGACGACCGCGGACGGAGACGCAACUCACACUCGUCCAAACCCACGGAGUCUUUCAACAUCGCCUGCGCUAACACCUUCGCCGGGCCCGGAGCGUGAGCCCGACGCGAGUUUUUGGGAUUUCUUUAUCCACCAAGGCAACAUCAGGUAUCUCGCAGCGACUUCAAUCUGCUGGUUUCUGCUGGACUUUUGUUUCUAUGGUCUGGGGAUCAAUUCGCCGCGGCCACUUGCCGCUCUGUGGGCCUCGCAAAUGCCCAAUGUGACCACCACCGUCGUUCUUCCAGCCGCCACAACCACCAUGAUGAUCCCGGUCACUCAGGCAGUGACAGUCGGUGACAACAUCUAUAAUGUGACUACAUCAGUUCUUGCCAAUAUACCACCUCCCACAACCACAAUUACUAGUAUUGUGGCGGCCACAGACUCCAGCCUCGAGAUCCUUGACUACCAAAAUACCUGGGCGCCCGCAUACAACAUGUUUGAUGAACUAUCCCACAACGCAAAGUUUUAUAUACUCACUAUAUCUAUCACCUCGCUGGCUGGUAGUGCCAUUCUCAUUGGUAUUAUUGACUAUAUCCCACGCAAAAUGUGGUUGGUGUGGUCAUUCCUGCUCCUGAGUUGCUGGUUUGCGGUAUUGGGUGGAGUCUUGGUGGCCACCGAGUUUAGUGACGGCCACGUGGCGAACGUGGUAUUGUAUGCUUUUUGCCAAUUUUUCUUCAAUCUUGGCCCAAAUACCUUGACUUAUAUUAUUCCGGCCGAAAUAUUCCCAACCAGGUUCCGUGCCACCUGUCAUGGUAUCUCCGCGGCGUGUGGGAAACUUGGCGCGAUCAUCAUCCUGAUCGUCACCGAGAACACACUGCUCAGCUCGAACCCCCGGGCGCUGGAUAAACUCCUUGGCGCUUUCUCGGUUCCGUUGGCUGUCGGGGCCUUCUUGGCGUGGAUAUGGAUUCCUGAGAUACAAACACCACCAACUGGCCUGGCACGAGCGCUUCGCUUGCCCCGAUUGCCCAAUAAAAGUCUGGAAUGGCUCGCAAAGGGAUGGGCCUUUGCCAACGGCACGGAUCCAACUCAGGAAAAUCAAAGGUUGGGAGUCUCGAAUAAGAUUGCUGAUCUGUGGGCUCUUGUUCGAUAUGGGGGGAAGAGGAGGGUCUUGGGUGCCGCAGACACCCUUCCUGGAGGAUUGGGAACGGCCGAUGAUUCUAUACGGGCGCAGACUCAUCUUCGGGUACCACAGCCACAACACCAUGUAGAUAACGAACGUUAA